AUGGGUGCCUUGCACACUAGGCAUCGAGAUUCGCAGUUGGUGACACAAAAUGUGGCCGAAAUCCACGUUGAACGCACCACCGCAACCAUUUCCGACUUUCUAGUCUUCACCACGGAUUCUACUCAGCAAUCAUGGCUUCCCUCCAGUUCCCCGAGCCUGCCGGCAUCAUCUACGCCACAGACCUACCAACCGCCUCCGCAACAGGACUUCGUCUUGUUCGAUCAACCCGCCAGAACGAACGUUAAUCGCACUGCUUCAUCGCCUGCACCAACAGCAGCAGCUUUUGGACUAAACAAUCGUCGUCACUCGUCGCACAACUCUAGCGAUUCGCCGUCACUUCAGAAUCAGCGAGUGGCCCAGAUUAUCCAAGCUACAGGGCAUCAGACUUCUUCUUCGGGGUUCACCAACCGGUUCAGUAAUCAGCAACAGCAGCAGUUUUACGCAUCGUUAUCAGCUCCAUCGUCCACCGUCGCAGUGAAUCAUCAACAGCAACAACCACAACAACAACAACAACACCGCUUUACUCGUCCUCCUGUUCCAUUGUUCACUAAGGGCAACGGUGGUCAAAACCAGUCAGCCAAGAUGGAUCUGCAAGACGCGCUCAACCUCGAAGACCUCUCCGCCUUCGACGGUGGAGCUUCCACCACGGCCUACUCUUCGCCGGCUGGAGCGGUGUUCGACUUCAACGCGGGCUCGGCAGGCACUGUAUCUCCUCAGGACCUGCUUAUCCGCGAGCCGUUUUCUGCACCAAACUCCACCGCUUUCACCAACUUGACUUCGCCGUCUAUCUACAACGAGUCCCCCGAGUUUCACGAUGGUUUUGAUGCGUCUCCCAACUUUGGCAGCAACGACUUUGACGCUGGGUCCAACGAUCCGAACAGCUGGUUCUCUUUGUUUCCUCAGGAGCCUACUGUUACCCAGCCUAUCCCCGAGGCCGUUAACAACGAGAACAAUUCACCUGCCCAGCAAUCAGAAGAGCCCGAGGUUGAGCCUGCUCAGCAAUCUCGUCGGAAGUCUGGAAACUCUCCUGGCGGUGGCCAUGGCCGACACUCUUCUGUUUCUGGUGUAAACUCCCGACGACGCGACAAGCCUCUUCCUCCUAUUGUUGUCGAGGACCCCUCCGACACCAUUGCAAUGAAACGAGCACGCAACACUCUUGCUGCUCGCAAGUCUCGUGAGCGCAAGGCUCUGAAACUUGAGGAACUGGAGGAGAAGAUUGCCAAGCUCGAGCAAGAACGUGAUCAUUGGAAACGAUUGGCCAUGGGCCGGUCUGGUGGUUCGUGA